UCUCUCCUAGCGUGUGUACGGAAACAUCCGAGGCGCAACGACGUUCGGCCAACGGAAACUUGAGCCACGUACUUGCAGAUAAGAGAUGUCAAAUUAACCACAAAUCAUUUUUUGAUCCUCGUCAAGCCUACCUUGACAAUAUAUAUUCAACUCCCAACUGGAGUAGUGAGUAUCCCGAAACUCCCAUUUUAGAGAGCCAAACAUGGAGUCCGAGCUCUAUAAAGCCGCCAGGGAAGGAAAUGUGCAUUCUUUGCUUGAGUUACUCGAAAAAGAUGAGUUGCUUCUUGACAGAAUCAUGACUGGGAAUCACAUUGAGACUCCCCUGCACAUCGCAGCUAUGCUCGGACACUUGAAUUUCGUGAAAGAGGUUUUAACUCGAAAGGCCGAGAUGGCAAGUGAGCAAGAUUUUCAGAGUUCGACGCCACUUCAUCGCGCAGCAGCAAGAGGAUACCUUAACAUAGUGGAAAGCUUGGUAAGUGUCAACCCUGAAGUAUGUUUCGUUUGUGACAGAGACAAAAGAAACCCUCUUCAUGUCGCAGCCAUGAAAGGGCGUGUGGAUGUGUUGGAAUGCUUGGUUCGAGUGAGACCUGAUGCAGCCCGUAGUGUCACCAAACAUGGCCAGACGAUUCUGCAUUUAUGCGUGAAGCACAACAAACUAGAAACUUUGAAGUUUUUGAUGGAUAUCUUGGUUGAUGUUCAGUUCAGCAACUCAAGGGAUGAUGAUGGCAACACGAUUUUGCAUUUGGCUGCUAUAGAUGGACAAACUGAGACUAUAAUCUUCCUGACUAAUAAAGGAGUAGACUCGAACAUUUCGAACUCCAAAGGUUUCACGGCGCUAAGCCUACUAGCACAAGGCCAAACCGUGGAAAGUGCUUCAGAGAUUAAGGAUUCCGUUCCUCAAACUUCAGAGAAUCGUGGCCUGUCCAGACGAACCGAUGCAAAAAACAUGGUUACCAAAGAAAGCAAGAGGGAAGAGAAGAAAAAGUGGCAAAACGGUAUGCAUAAGGCACUAAUGGUGGUGGCGGCAUUGGUAGCUACCAUAGCUUUUGAAGCAGGUAAGGAACCACCAGGUACGGGACCACCAGGUACGGGACCACCAAACAUAGCUUUUGAAGCAGGUGCGGAACCACCAGGUACGGAAUGGGAAAAACCAUUGGCGACAUGGCUUUGCAGGUGGUUCAUGACAUGUAACACGAUAAGCUUCAUGGCAUCACUUAGCACCAUUAUGCUUCUCAUAAGUGGUCUUCCCUUAAAGCGGCGUCGGAUCACCACAUGGAUUGCAAUGCUAACCAUGUGGAUUGCGAUAACCUUCACGGCAUUGAGUUAUUCAAUCCUCACGGCAUUAUUCUCACUGGAUAAUGGGAUAAUAAAGUAUGCUAAUGAUACAAUAGUUGUAAUCGUAUGGGGGGGAUUGAUGCUUCUCAUUUUCUUGUGCCAUACAAUCCGCUUAAUCUGGAAAUUGGUACGCAAAGUCCUGAAAUUUGUCAACAAAGCCUUCAGGAAAGGGAAGAGGGAGAAUACUAUGGUUUAGUGGCUGUCUAUUACUACAGGUUUGUUUGUCCUAGAAGAAAUGCGCUGAGCCAUGAGGCCAUGCAAGAGUAGAUGCUAUAUAGUAUGUGCUAUUCAGUAUACCCAUAGCCAAUUAUGUACGAUACGUCUGAGAAUGCAAUGCAGUUGUCUGCGUGCUGGUUUAAACAACAAUUGUCUUAGGCGUGUUGACGGAUGACGCAUGUAAAAGAAUGGAGUUUACAUGAACGAUGGAAUGGAGUCUCAACAAUAGGUAUUAUUAAUACAUGGAAAUCUCUUCUCUUUCUUCUUUCUUUAUGUGAUGUACUUAA